AUGAGCGAUCGGCAGCAGAGCGAGACAGGGCACGACUUGCCGCCGGAAGAUGAGUGGAGAGCCUUUGGAUCACAUGGAGAUUCUAAUAUAGAGGCAAUUGAAUACUACGUUUCUAUAUCAUUUUUCCAGAAGAACGAUAAAGUCUGGUACUCGCCGCCCGGCGCGACAAAUUUGGAAGGUCCUUACACAGUGAUCAGCCAUGACGGGAAUGAGACCUACACCAUUAAACUCGAUUCUACUGGCCAAACCUGCACGGAAAUUCCCAAAGCAAAAUUGCAGAGAUUUUAG